UGAAAUCUUUAAACUAGAGCAGGCGGCAUUGAUCGAGCGCCGGCACUAUCUUAAACGCAGGGGAGGAGCUGCUUAAAACUUUAAAGUAGUCGGGAGAAAAAGCAGAUAUACCAGUAAUGAAACGAAAGUAGUAAAUUUUUUAGAAAGAAUGAAUGUAGCUUAAUAAAAUAUUAAGUGGAUACUUAACACGUAAACCUUAGAAUCCUUGGACUUGAGACUUUUCCACGGAAUGUUGAAAGCUUUUACCUUGGAGAAAUACGAACUAUUUCGAUAGCUGCUGCCUGGUUGGUAAUCUGUCUAAGAAAUGUCACUGAUUUAACGCGAGAUGGACUCUUCCUUAUGGCAGUCUGGGAUUGUUGGUUCACAGGGAAUUAGAUCAUGUGCUUUUGGAAAUGCUCUGGAGCCGUGUGCUGUAAACGAACAUCGUUUAUCUAAGGCAAUAACUGACUGGAGUUGAUUCAGCAGUCAAAUGAGAAUCUCCUGUAAAAACACAGAUCGAAAGUAAGACGGGCUGCUGUCUGCUACCCUGCAACCAUGAGCAGCAAUGCAACAGACCUCACCACCGGCUACCUCUCCUCUGCUGCGGCAAUCCUCCUGUUUGGCUCCAACUUUGUACCACUUAAAAAAUAUGACACUGGCGAUGGGAUGUUCCUUCAGUGGGUGCUCUGUGCUGCCAUUUGGUUGGUUGCCUUGGUGGUCAACUUGAUACUGCACUGCCCUAAAUUCUGGCCGUUUGCGAUGCUUGGCGGCUGCAUUUGGGCAACAGGCAACAUUGCUGUCGUUCCAAUUAUCAAAACCAUCGGUUUAGGACUUGGAAUCCUAAUCUGGGGAUCAUUUAACACCUUAACUGGCUGGGCAAGCUCAAGGUUUGGCUGGUUUGGGAUGGAUGCAGAAGAAGUGUCCAAGCCAAUGCUGAAUUACGUUGGAGCUGGGCUGUCAGUAGUAAGUGCGCUCACGUUUUUGUUCAUCAAAAGUGAAAUUCCGAAUAACCCAGGCAGCUCGGACACCACACCACUGAUGACAGAGCCUGUGAUCAACAGAACCGAGGACCGGAGUGCGGAUUCCUCCUGGGUGGAUAGACUUUCUACCACGUACCACCGCAUUGUGGGCUGCAGCCUUGCGGUAAUAUCUGGAAUACUCUACGGAUCGACAUUUGUGCCAAUCAUUUACAUCAAGGAUCACAGCAGAAGAAAUGACAGCAUGUACGCAGGCGCUAGCCAGUAUGAUUUAGACUACGUGUUCGCACACUCCAGUGGCAUCUUUCUUACAAGUACAGUCUACUUUGUGGCCUACUGUGUAGCCAUGAAAAAUAGGCCAAAGCUGUAUCCAGAGGCAGUCUUACCAGGCUUGCUGUCAGGGGUGCUGUGGGCCAUCGCCACCUGCUGCUGGUUCAUCGCCAACCACUCACUAAGCGCCGUGAUCAGCUUCCCGAUCAUCACUGCUGGUCCUGGACUUAUUGCUGCACUUUGGGGGAUACUCAUUUUCAAGGAAAUACAGGGUCUCCGAAACUACUUACUGAUGAUGCUCGCUUUCUGCAUCAUCUUAGCUGGGGCCUUGUGCACCGCUUUUUCUAAAGUGUAGCUGUUCACGGCAAGAGCAGCAGAGGGCAGCAGAGGGCAGCAGCGGCUAGGAGAAGGACCUCUGCUGCGCAAGCUAACACUACAGGCAGCUAAGCUGUGGCACUGUGGGUCUCUGCCACUCUGGGAAUGAACGGAUAAAUGGCUGUUGGCUCCACCAACGUGAGAACGCGAAGAGAGACCGUGUUUCAGUUCAGCGUGUGUGAAAACUCUUUUCGAUGAGCUAUUAACGAAGGCUGGACCUCGCUGGGUGGCUCAAAGGCAUAUCGGAUCAUCCUGUCUAACAAUGUCUACUUAAUACUAUAAUCCAGAAAAUAGGAUGGAGUUUGUACAAAAGAAAUUACCAUCCCAAUUUAUAAUUUAUUAAUAAAGAGGACCCAAAAUAAGUACUUUCUUGGUUGUGGGAAGGAACACACACAUACCUUGUGGAAUUUACAUUCAAAGAUAUCGGCCCCUUUGCUAAGAGCAAAUGUCAUAGUUGCAACCUGAAUGUUUAAAAUGCCAUUUCUUUUUUUUUUUGGCCAAAAAUUAUUACUUUAAUACUACUCCGCUCUUUAUCUUGCCUGACCUUCUUAGCUCAAAAUGUUUGAUAAUUAUUCCAGAUAAAACGGAUCCUCAGAGAGCAGGUCACCACCACUCCUAUGUACGUGUGAUAUAAUGUAUACAUUCACAAGCACACAUACGUGUGUGCAUGGUUUCAGAUUUGGACACAUUCUAGAGUUGCUGAAAUAGCAGUUUUAGUUCAUCACGUUCAACUUAAAGGAAGCCGACUUGUUUGACUGCACAACUAAUUUUUUCCUCCUUAAACACAGUUACUUAAAAGAUCAUUUUAACUGGAAGUGUUUCUUUUGACCCUAUUUUAACUGAUUUCCAGGAGACAAAAGAAGGUAGCAUAUAUAUUGAUUUGAUUCUUUAAGGGAAAAAAAAAAAAACACAGGCACAUUGCUCACAAUCAUGCUCUCUGCACCCUUAAUAGAAUAAUGGUGUUUGGCUGUGCCUUUCACCCAUUCUCUCCUGAUAUUGCAGUACUUUGUUGUGCCAGAGCAACAGAAUAGCAUCCUGCACCUGCCUCGGCUUAAACCUCAGAUGCUCCGUCUGAGUUGUGCAGCUUUGGACCUGAGAGCUCUCUCGGCAUGGCAGGCUUCCUGGGAAGGAGGGCUAGCGAUAGCAUGUGCCUUGAAUUCUGUUGUCCAAAUGUCUCCUUGCCUGACAAACACUCUAAACUUCUUUGCUAUUGUUACUACAUGUUAAUCAAGGGGAAACAACGUUUACAGGUAGGAAAAACUUACAACUUAUAAAAACUACUGGACUUACCACCCUCAGCCCAAUUGAACUUUGUCUUGCCAAAUCAGAAACAUCCCUGGAGUCCCUUCUAAUCAUUGAAUUGCUCACACAAAUAAUGUUUGAUAUUAACAAUGUCUUUUUUCUAUUUCAGUUUUUACUUGAAAUGUCAUUAAAUUGUGAUGGUAUGGCAAUUUCUGAAUAAACAUGACAGAAAAACUA